AAGGGUCUGAGCAUCAGGGCAGGGGGUGGCGAGCAAGCAACCACGUGCGUACGUGUCAGGGUUAGAAAUCGCUGCUCCGCUGGGCACGCCGGAGGAGACGGGAAAAGACGCAGAGAAAAUCAGUUGCCGCCGCGUUUUCCAAAAUCCCGAGCGAGUGCUCCUGCUCGCCGUCGCUUCCAAGAAACGGAGAGAACCGAGGAGGAAAAUUGCGGUGAUUCAUCGCGGGCAGAUCGGAGGCAGGAAAUGAGAGUUCUCUGCCUGCCCCGUGCCCGGCGUGGGCUCCGUGGGCUCGGGCUCGCCGGGGCCUGGCUGGCGGCGCGGGCCUGACACCCACGGGUCGAGCAUCCCUGCGCCGCGGCCGGAGGAGCUACCGGCGAGGGAAAAACAACCGGCGGAGGCCGAGAGCCGGAGCAGCGGGAAUUUUUCACCUGCGUUUCUCCGGAGCCAUCCAAGCGAGAGCUGCCCGACGUGGGUAACUGCCUGCAUGCUGCUUGGAGUGGGGACAUGGGAGCCUGGACUGGACCUCAGGAACAGAAGAUGGGGACCCUCACAUCACCCGUGAGGUCAGGAGGCUGGAACCCCUGUGUUGGGGUUGGAACCAUUUUACUGGGGCCGGGACCUGGGGACACCUGCACCGGGACUUGGGGACACGUGCAUUGGCAUCAGGACUUGGGGAGCUCCGUGCAGGGACUGCAGCACCUCCCCAGGGCUCAGCAGGCUGGAAACAGGGGACGGGGGGGCAGGUUGUGUCUGUCCCCUCCCUCCUCGCAGGGACAGUGACCGGGGCCCAGACCCAGACUCCUCGUGCUUGCUCCAGCCCAUCACCCUGGAAGGCCCCGGAUAACUGAGAUGUGCCGUCGGAGUUGCUUGACCCCAUCCUGAUCCAGCCUUCACCCCCAGUCCCCGCUGCCAUGAAGAGGAAGCCGGGGAAUGGGCGGGGGCCGGACCCUGCGGCCCCCCAGCAGCGAGCCCGCUCUGUCACCAAGCCAGCAGAGUAUGUGGGAUCCUUCACGGUGGAGGAGCUGGACCUGCAGCAGCGAGCGGGGCGGGUGGAGGAGCAGCUGCAGGCACUGAAGGACUGUCCCAGGAGGAGGUCGGUGGUGCUGAGGUUCAGCUUGCAGGGGCUGAAGGUCUACGAUGCUGAUGGGGAGACGCUGCUGAUGGCACACGCGCUGCGCCGGAUCCUGUACAGCACCUGGAGGCUCCCUGACCGCCAGUUCGCCUUCGUGGCCCGCAACCCCCACAGCCCCCCCAGCACCCUCUUCUGCCACCUCUUCGUGGGGCUCCCGGGAGAGGUCCAGACCCUGCACCUCCUGCUCUGCCGCUCCUUCCAGCUCUGCUACCUCCUGGCGCACCCCGAGGAGCAGGCGGGCGAGGGGGAACUCCCGGGGCCGGGGGUGCUGCGGGAGCCCCUCAACCCCGAGGAGGUGUCACGAAAUGUCAACGCUCUCGUGUCCUUCCGGCGCCUGCCCGCACCCGGCGGCCUCGGCCCGCUGGGCACCGCGGACCGGCGGUCGGAGGCAGAGGGCAGAGCCUGGCGCCCGGGGAACCCCUACUGCUCGCCGGUGCUGGUGCGCAAGAAAGCCAUUCGGAGCAAAGUGCUGCGCUCGGGAGCCUACCGGGACUGCGGGGGCGAGGGACAGCUCCACCAGCAGCCUCGAGACGCCGCAGCGGCGGGAGGGGAAAGCAAAGGAGCGAGGAGCUUGGCCUUCCUGCCCGAAAACGAGAGCGUCCUCGCCGAGAGCGUGUGGGCCUUCGCCGGCAUCGCCAGGGCCGCCGGGGUCGCGCUGCUGCGGCGGGACGUGCCCGGCUCCUUCCUGCUGCGCGCAGAGCCCGGGCUGCCCAAGCGCUGGUGCCUGUGGGUGCGGGCGCCCUGCGGCGUGGUGUGCUACGGCGUGCUCCGGACACAGCAGGGCAGGUUCUGCGUGGAGCACUCCAACGCCGAGUUCGCCAGCGUGCCCGCUCUCCUGGCCCACUACUCCGGGCCACCGGGGGGCUGCUUCUGCCGCCUGGCCCCCGGCCGACGCAACCCCGGCUACGAGGAGCGGGACCCCGGCGGCGGGGCCGGCGCCGGGGCGGGGGAGGCCGCCUGGGCCCCCGCCGCCCCCACCGGGGUGCAGCACGAGCGGGGGUAGGCCCGGCGCCCUCCCCGCGCACGGCUGCCCCCGACACCCCCGGCUUUCACUCGCUGCCUGCCUUAUCCCCCUGGCCGGGCUGGCCGGCGCCUCCCGCAAUAAAGGCUCUCGUGCAUCGGA